AUGUCAUAUCCUGAAGAUGAGCCGUUUACGGCCUCAGUCCUCGCUUCCUUCGGUCCUGCCGCUCCCGUGCGCGCGAAAGAGAUUCUGACUUCUUUAAUCCGUCACCUCCAUGCAGUCUGUCGCGAGGUUAACCUUACAACCGAAGAGCUUUAUGUUGGACUGGAUGCUCUCAAUCGGGCAGGACGCAUGAGUGAUGCGAAAAGAAACGAGACAUUACUUGUUUCUGAUUGUCUCGGAGUGGAAGCACUCGUGGACGAGAUCACCCACAAAAUUCUUGCCGAACAAACGUCAACCAAUACCUGCAUAUUGGGUCCGUUCUAUCGAGCUGAUGCACCCAGAUACGAGAACGGAGACAGCAUCAUCCAGAAGUACCUCGGUGGCGAGGUCACUUGGUACCAUGGUCGUAUCCUUGACGCUGACAGCGGAAAGCCAGUUGCUGGCGCCGAGUUGAAUGUAUGGGAAUGCGCGGCGAACGGGUUGUAUGAUCAACAGGAUCCAUCUCAGCCCGAUGGAAACAUGCGUGGUAUAUUCCACGCAGACGAGGACGGUCGAUACGAUUUUUAUUGCAUCAAGCCGAUACCCUAUCCUGUCCCGUACGACGGGCCAGCAGGAGAUAUUCUGAAACUCAUGGACCGCUCUCCAUUCAGGGCAGCACAUAUACACUUCAUGGUGGAGAGCGAAACACACCGCCGACUUGUCACCCAGGUCUUUCCUAGCGACGACGCAUAUCUCAACCGGGAUUCUGUCUAUGCGGUCAAAAAUGACUUGAUUAUCCGCUUUGAGCCCCCGACACCAGAGGCAAUGAAAGGGCGGGGCGCACGAGGGACGGAGAGUGGCGUGCAAUGGGAAGUGAACUAUGACUUCCGGAUUAAGAAACGACCCACUUAA